CAUGCAUAAUGUUCUGAAGUGAAAAUGGUAGUUGUUCAGUAGUGGGGGUGGCUACCUGACUGACGCUGUACGUACAACGAUGGUCGGUUAACUCGUCACUAAAAACACAAAUCAUCUGAGUACAAGAUAAUAAUACUAAGUGUAUCGAGGCUAUGAGUUCCUACCUAGGAAACCUACUGCCGGCACACAUGGCUGCUAACGCUGGACAUUCGGAUGUGUUCUAUCCACGCGCGGAAAAGUCAGCGGACAACCAUCAUUCGGCAGGAUAUCAUACAACGUCAACUCAUAAUAUGUGUUACGAAAAUGAAAAUUCGACAUACAGCAUGGGUAACUAUAAUUGUUAUCCCAUGUACGAGAGAUUAGACUCUCAGAACCAGAUCCAACCUAUGAACCUUGUAGCUAAACAGCAAGGAUACUGUCCCGGUGGAAACGGUAGCAUAUAUCCUUAUCAAAAUUCACACAAUUUUAGCCAUUCUAAUCAUUUGCAUGGGAUUUCACCUUACCAGGAUGACCGACCGAGCUGUGUUAAAACUGAGGAGGGGUGCAUCCCCACCCCUCCGCCUACCUACCCUUUACAUGAACAGCACCAAUCUGUGGGUCAGAUCCCCUCAAUAUCGGGUCAGGAACUGAACCCACACCAUCCACAUCUUUCCACAAAUCCGUCAUCAAUUAAUGGAAUUUCUCAACAAAAUAUGGCAGUAUAUCCAUGGAUGCGAGCAGCCGUAAAUGGAGGUUUUAAUUAUUUUGCAGAGGUUACGUACGAACAGAAGCGGACGCGCCAGACGUAUACCCGAUACCAGACACUGGAACUGGAGAAGGAGUUCCACUACAACCGCUAUCUGACUCGGCGGAGGCGGAUUGAGAUUGCCCAUUUACUCGGACUUACGGAGCGGCAGAUUAAGAUAUGGUUCCAGAAUCGACGAAUGAAAUGGAAAAAGGAGAACAAUAUUCCUAAACUGACCGGUCCGGAUCGGUCAAAACCUGAAACAGAUCCUGACAGAACAAACAUUGGCGCGAGUCCAAGUUCAGACGAAAAUAAUUAUUCCAAUUAAGUGAUACUAGUGUGACUGACUGCUGGCAGAGUUUUGAUAUAACGAGAACGAAAAACACACACACUUUAUUCAUCUCAGGGUAAAAAGACGGUUAAAAGAAACGAGACGAACUCCCGAUUUUUGCUCAUCAUACAGGUCCCAUUGUGUUAUAGAUGAGGUGCGCUUAUUACCAAGUGUACGGCAUGUGUUUAAAAAGUGGUGUGCGCUUACAGACAUCGGUACGGUAAGUGCACAUAUAAAGGAAUGUGCACCGUCUUGUGAUGAUGGUUAUAGGGUAAAAAGUCAAGAAUUCCCACAUGUAAAUUCAUCCAAGUUUCAAAGAUGGUUACUAAAUAUAUUUCAUGAAUAUUUACGAUAGGGGUUAUAUCCCAGUUGUAUGAAUCAUUGUUAUGAUUUAUUUGGCCGAUUUUUAUUAUUAGUUUCCUUUAUAAAACUAUUUCGUUAAACUUUUAGCCAAAAUAAUCAUCUGAUUUAGGAUGUUGAUGUUUGUUAUAAAUAGAAAAUUCGAAUAUAAGAAAUAAGGGAAUGUGAUAAAAUAAAAAUGAAUUGCUAUUUAUCAGUUUUAUAUUUGGUAAAAUAAACUUGGAUGAAAUUUAGCGGAUAUAUUCUUGCAAACUAAUUCUACAAAUGUGAAAUCAUUCACCACGGAGGAUGUUGACAGUGCUUUUUAUCGUAACCCGUUCGACGAUUGUGGAGUUUUCAUCUUCACCAUCGUUCUUUCCAUCUCCAAUAUCAUCGGUUAGGCCGGAGAGAUGGUAUGAGAACAAAAUAUCCAUGGACUGUGUGCUCUGUGCUAACCUCAUACAAGGCUCACACACACACAUAUUGGUAAGGUCCGCCUUUUUUUCAGAUAUAUAUGUUUUUGACCUUUUUUGUUUGUCAGAAACACCGAACUAGUCCUAUUCUGUUCUGCCAGAAUUAGUAUAAUGCAUAAUGCAGCAUUUACAUAUAAAAAUGUAGCAGUGCAGGAUUUUGUAAGUAAACAAAAUUUGAUAUUUGAGAGCCGCUAUUUUCCCAGUUAAUUGUUAUGUUGUUUUUUAACUUUAGUUAUACAGAUCUUAAAACUUCUAGACAAUAAAAUAUUCGUAGAUUAGAAAGUCAUUUUCGUCUUGAAACAAAAUACAAACAAGCUUGUUUACCCCGCAAUAUUAUCGAUGAAAACAAAAUUAGUCUAAUUUACAUUUACACUUACCAUUUUCUUGAGUUAAAUGCAAUGUAAUCUAAAAUAAAAUAAAAAAAUGUCAGCCCCACUAGAGAAUGUUCUGCUUCACAAGUCAAAUUGAUUUUGACUGUUCAUUGAAUCCUCCUUCAAUAUAAAUAAUACUGAAAUGAAAUACUUAAUUCUAACAUUGAAAAAGAGCUAAUAUUUCUUUUUUAUUAAACUUGAUAAUUUAAAGAAAUUCCCAAAAUCUCGUGUACAUAGAUUACACUUAAUCAACGUAUCCCAUUUUUAUUUUUGUAAUCAUUUUCUCUCGGUGCACACAGAAACAGAAAAGUAUAUCUGUUUACAGUGAAACAUAUUUUUAUUAAAUAAUAAAUUCUUUGGUAUCACGAUAACCUGUCUUAUUCAGUUUUCUUCGAUCAACCUUAUUCUUUUUUAAUAAAGCUCAUCCCGACACAAAUUAGGGAGCAAAAAUCAAUAUUAGUACCUGUUAAAAAUAAAUUGACGAUUUUCUGCGAGCUUACAAAGCUUUAUUCCCUCCCUUACCUGCUCAAUCAUCAAAACCACUUAAUUUGCUCUGCUCUAAAAAAAUAUUUUAACACCUCAGAAAUACAGAAAUAAACACCAAGGUGUUAAUAAUUCAUGAAUUAAACAUUUUUUCGUUUUGAAUGUUUGGACAAAAAACUGUAUAUAAAUUCAUUCACCUGAACAACACAAAUAUUUACACAACUCUAGUAAGCGUUGGAUUUCGUCAAGAAUGACGCUAUCGGCCUAAACGGGAGUUUUCAGAGGGCCGGGAAAGGCUGAGUCACUGCGCCAUCUGUGUGUGCUACGCUCCAAUGCCUAGAAAGGUAGGCGGUAUUCACUCGGUCGGUUUGUAGCCAAUCAAAAAAUUCGAUAUAUCUCAAACACUAAGCUCCGCCCACUAAAGGGCGUAUGAAGAUCGCGGAAUAAAGUAGUACCUGAUUUUGUUGAAGAAGUUUAAUUUAGUUAUUUAUACCCGUGUUUUUGAUAGAAAUCUUAUGUUUGCAUAUCAUUUCUUUCGAGUAACAUAGGCUAAUGAAAUGUAAACGUUUCUUUUAAUAUUUUUUUUAAUUGUUUAUUUUGUAACCGCGUGCAUGGCUCUAGCGUUGGAGCUGUUCCCUUGUUAUCAUUUAUAUAUUAUAUACAUAUAUAUAUAUAAAUGAUGUUGAAAUGAAUACAGACUAAUUUUCGGCAUUCUUAAAAAGUUAGAAAGAAUGAAAUGAAUUGUAUAGUGCAUGUUAAGGGAGAAAUGGAUAUAAAUGACUUUGAAUGGAUUGUGUAUGGCUUAAAUGAAAAUGAGCGUGGUGAUUGUGUGCGAUUGUUGACUCGGAUGUGUUGAUAAUUCCAUAACAAUACAAGGUUUUCCCCUCAAUGUGUUUUUCUGUUCUCUCUCUUUGUCUUUCUGAUACAAUAGAUCAUACCGUUAACAUUCUAUUAAACACACAGGAAAUGUCUUCUUUUUAUCUCUUAAUGUAAAUAAUUUAGUUGUGCAUUACUCCUUCUUCACUAGAGAGAGGACGAAACAAACACAGUAUAUUGAAUUUGGUAGAGUUUUUUGUGGUUUGACGGAAUGCAAACGGUAUAUUAGAUCGCCCUGAAAAACAAGGCGUUUGUAUUUAUACCUUAGCAUAAGCAAUUCACUAAUUCGGAUACAAAGAAAGAAAGGAAUAUAUGAGUUGUAAGAGAGGUGAACAUGUGCGUUGUUGUAUUCGCGUAGAAUGUCGUUUUGUCCCUGGUUAGCGAGAAUAUUGAAUUUGUAAGAUAAUACAAACAGAAAAAUCGUUAUACUUAAUAAAACUGUGACUUUGUAAAA